AUGCCCAAGCUGCACAUUGGCAGCAGCAGAGACAAGGAUGGUCGCAAGGAGAGCAGAUCAGAAACUUCGGCCAACAACCGCGCCCGCGAAGAGGAAAAAAAUAGGCUUCUUGCCUGGGAAGCACAGAAGCAGCCCUUGGAGUACGAUCAAAUAUUAGUCGAGCCCAACUCGAAGCCUGUUGGUCACAGCUCAAAGGUCUUACGGCGCGAGGACUUUGAUCUCGUCAAGACGCUCGGCACUGGCACAUUUGCAAGAGUAUGGCUUGCGACCUUGGUCACUUCGAAGAAGGAGGAUGCAGAGAAAGUCUUUGCUCUGAAGAUACUGCGCAAGACUGAUGUCAUUCGCUUGAAGCAAGUAGAACACGUUCGCAACGAGCGCAAUGUCCUAGCUGCUGUGGCCGGCCACCCAUUCAUUACAACAAUGGUCGCCAGCUUCCAAGACCAAGACACCCUAUACAUGCUGUUGGAUUAUUGCCCUGGUGGUGAGGUUUUUAGCUAUUUGCGCCGCGCCCGCCGUUUCAACGAAUCCACGUCACAAUUCUACGCCGCCGAAAUCGUCCUCAUCCUCGAGUUCCUGCACGACCACCAAGGUGUCGCAUACCGCGACCUCAAACCGGAAAACAUCUUGAUUGACGCAGAAGGACACCUCAAGCUUGUGGAUUUCGGUUUUGCAAAGAAGGUCGGAAACAGAGAAACAUACACGCUGUGUGGAACGCCAGAGUAUCUUGCGCCGGAAGUCAUCCGAAACACUGGACAUGGCCUAGCUGUCGAUUGGUGGGCAUUGGGCAUCCUGAUCUACGAAUUCCUGGUCGGUCAACCGCCGUUCUGGGAUCAAAAUCCUAUGAAAAUCUAUGAACAAAUCGUCGAAGGCAAACUUCGCUUCCCCUCUGCCAUGUCACCGGAUGCUCGCGACCUGAUCUCACAACUGUGCACAGUGGAUGUGUCAAAACGUCUGGGCAACAUCAAAGGCGGUGCUUCGGCUAUCAAAUCACACCCCUGGUUCAAAGAUAUCGACUGGGAUGCCAUGUACCACCGCAAGAUGCAAGGUCCCAUCGUACCGCAUCUACGAGGGCCCGCUGACACACGAAACUUCGACGAAUACGAUCCAGAACCUCUUCACAAGGACCAAUACACAAAAGAGCUGAAGGAGAAGUACGAAAGUGCGUUCAAAGAUUUCUAG